AUGGCCGACAGCCUCAUUUCUCUUCAUACAUACGGACACAGCAGCUUUUUAUCGGCACCCAAUAUGUUAUCACGACCAAACAACCACAAGCGGUCCCAAUCCGCCGGAAAGCGGACACGCUCGCCCGCACGAUUCCUUACGAAGAUGAAAUCCACCAAUGCCCUCUCCGAUUUCAAUAGAGCAGGCCGAAGACUUUCACCGGCUGGCUUGGAAGAUUUGCAGGAAAGCGAUUUCAAUACAUUGAGGGAUCCGCGAAUGGGAAGCACAUCCGAUCUUACUGGCAGUUCGGAUUCGUCGCAUCACCCCGAUCUGAGCAGCGAAGUAGCUGCCCUGAGUGCGAAAUUGGUACAGGCAAUUAAUAACCAGACGAAUUUGGAUGACUCAUUGUCGGCUACUCGACAAGAAUUGGAGGAGGCGGAGGAGAGAUUAUUGGAGGUGGAAUCUGAGAAUGAGAAAUACCGGGCAGAAAUAUCCAGCGGAAUCAUGAUUAAACGAAGUGACGUCGAAGCGGAGAUUUUAUCCAUGAAACAAAUGCUUGAUGAGGAACGUGCGAAGCGAACAGUGGCCGAAAAAGAGAAGAGAGAGAUGGAGCAGGAAUUGGAGACAUUGACUGCCGCUCUGUUUGAAGAAGCCAAUAAGAUGGUUGCUGCUGCCAAGCAAGAACGGGAAGCCAUUGAGAAAAAAAAUGAGCAGCUUCGUGCCCAGAUCAAGGAUACUGAAGCCUUGGUUGCCUCCCAAGAGGAACAGCUUGCGGAAUUAAAGGCGGUCAUCCAAGAGAUGAAUUCUGCUCGCGAUGAUAACGAUACCACGCCCAACCCCUCGACGGCUCCUACAUCACCAGCGAUGGCGAUGCAAUCGAGCGUAGGUCGCUUUUUAGAUUCCUCGAACUCAGCCCUCGCCACUCCUGUGCUCAAUGAGAUUUCGCCUGCGCCUUCAACGUCCUUUCCUCAUUUGAUCAAACCAAUCUACCGGACGGAUAUGGUUGCAUAUGACGAUUUCCGCGAGUUAUUGGAUUUUGCCACCACUUCCAAAUCACCUAGCCGAGUUGCUAGUGGUUCGUAUGGCGGCUUGAACGUCAUGGGGCUGGCUGGGUUGACUUCAAGCGGCAGUUCGAAUGUCGCGUCUCCAGGAAACAGUCAAUCUCAGACUCCUACUGGAAGCCCUCAAACAACCGUCACUCAUACCCCUUUGAAGGACACACGGUUCUAUAAGCGAGUUCUCAUCGAGGAUUUCGAACCCACUCUUCGUCUAGAUGCCGCGCCAUCGAUCUCUUGGCUCACACGUAGAUCUGUGUUCAGCAGUCUCUGCGAUGGAACACUGAUUGUGGAGCCCAUGCCCGCAAGCCAUAAACAGUACCAAUUCCCUUGCGGUCUCUGUGGCGAGCGUCGAUCAGGAGACGUUAACGAACGUACUCAUCGAUUCCGGACAUCCGACAGCGAAAGUGCUCAGCGAUACUCGUUAUGUGUUCUUUGCCUCGAAAAAGUGCGUGCCUGCUGUGAAUUCGCCGGAUAUCUCAGAAUGAUCCUCGACGGUCAUGUGCACGUUACAGACGUGGAUGGAGAGAAGGAAGCGUGGGAAGAGAUCAUUCGUCUGCGAGAAAGGAUCUUCUGGUCACGGUUCGGUGGCGGUGUUGUGCCAGCUUUCGUUGCUGUCGUCGAAGUUGAAGAGAAGCCAUUGCCUAUAGCGGGCCAAGCUGUUGAGGUAGAAGCUGAUGUUGCCGAGACUGCGAAGACAGAAAGUCUGCUUGCUUCCACCGUAGAUGGUGCCGAUGAAGGUCUUGAGAAAGCGCCUCCUGCAUUACCACCAAGAAACGCCGACGGUGUGGCGGUUUCGCCUAGCCCUGACGUCAAGGAAGCAUUAUCCGUUGAUACUGCGGUUCAAGCCGAUGAAAAAGUCGACAACGUGCAAGAAGUUGCACACGCAGCCGACGGUGAAGCAGAAAAACAACUGCGCACCGACUUGGAGACCACUCUCCCCGACGCGUCGCAUUCCAAGGAGAGUUCCGAGUCAACAUCCCAACAUACCAGCAAUCACGAGGAGGCGGAAAAUAAUGCUUCUGAGGACGCUAAAGCCAUUCCAGGUGCUUUUGAUUGA